AUGCUAGACAAUGAAUUCUGCACAGAAUAUGGUGAAGGGAGCCGGUAUCAUGUGCAAGAGGUUAUUGGAAAAGGAAGCUAUGGGGUAGUCGGGGCUGCAAUCGACACCCACACCGGAGAGAGGGUGGCCAUCAAGAAGAUCAAUGACGUCUUUGAACAUGUGUCUGAUGCCACUCGAAUUUUGAGAGAGAUCAAGUUGCUUAGGCUGCUAUGCCACCCUGACAUUGUACAAAUUAAGCAUAUAAUGCUUCCUCCAUCGCGAAGGGAAUUCAAAGACAUUUCCGUUGUUUUUGAGUUAAUGGAAUCAGAUCUUCAUCAGGUUAUAAAGGCAAAUGAUGAUCUCACACCUGAACACCACCAAUUCUUCUUGUACCAGCUUCUAAGAGCGCUUAAGUAUAUCCAUGCAGGCAAUGUUUUUCACCGAGAUUUGAAGCCAAAGAACAUUCUCGCCAAUUCAGACUGCAAACUGAAAGUUUGUGAUUUCGGUCUUGCCAGAGUAGCAUUCAAUGAUGCUCCAUCAGCUAUAUUUUGGACUGACUAUGUGGCUACAAGGUGGUAUCGUGCUCCUGAAUUAUGUGGCUCAUUUUUUUCUAAAGUAAGAUGGUUUGUAGCUUCUGGUCCUACAGUUGUUAUCUAUAAAACACUGCUAAUGACAGAAAGCGGAGUAGACCGCUUUAAGCGGCAAUUUGCUCAUCUUGAAGAGCAUUGUGGUAAUAAAGGUGAUACCAACGUUGCUAUUCGACAGAAUGCCUCUUUACCAAGGGAGAGAGUUGGUGCCAAUAGAGACAGAGCUGCAGAUGACAAUAAUCGAUAUGAAGGACACUCUACUCUUGAAAGUCAUACUAGAUCACAGAGUGGGGAGAGGUUGGAUCAGCCGCCAGUCACUGAUGUAAACAGAUCAAAGAUUGGUGCACGUAGCUUGUUGAAGAGUGAAAGCAUCAGUGCCUCCAAGUGUGUAGUGGUCAAGCAAAGAAAGGAUAAAGAAAUAAGUGCACUUAAGGAUAAAGAAUUAGCAUGAUGCAUUGGGUUUAUG